CCUCCCCUUCAGUCUUGCACAGGUGUCCCGGCUCCUCCCCUUCAGUCUUGCACAGGUGUCCCGGCUCCUCCCCUUCAGUCUUGCACAGGUGUCCCAGCUCCUCCCCUCCAGUCUUGCACAGGUGUACUGGCUCCUCCCCUUCAGUCUUGCACAGGUGUCCCGGCUCCUCCCCUCCAGUCUUGCACAGGUGUACCGGCUCCUCCCCUUCAGUCUUGCACAGGUGUACUGGCUCCUCCCCUUCAGUCUUGCACAGGUGUACAGGCUCCUCCCCUUCAGUCUUGCACAGGCGUCCCGGCUCCUCCCCUUCAGUCUUGCACAGGUGUACCGGCUCCUCCCCUUCAGUCUUGCACAGGUGUACUGGCUCCUCCCCUUCAGUCUUGCACAGGUGUACAGGCUCCUCCCCUUCAGUCUUGCACAGGC